AUGGCCCUUGUCCAGGCCGAGCCCUCCAGCUCCAGUCCCUCCACCCCAGCCCUCACCACUACAAAGGCCAUCCCCCAACCUGCUGGUCCCUAUGACAUCCUGAUUCGAGUCACCGCCGUGGCGCUCAACCCCACGGAUUACAAAAUGCCAUUACAUCACCCCACUCCCGGCGCAACGAUGGGCUGCGACUUCGUCGGUACAGUCAUGACAGCUGCCACCGCCAGCACGUGGGAUGGAGAAGCCCUUCCCCAACCCGGCACACGCGUUUGCGGUGCCGUUCACGGAUCCAAUCCGGGCAGUCCUAACAUUGGCGCGUUCGCCGAGUACCUCGUGGCCGAUGCGCGGCUCGUCCUCCGCGUGCCUGUGGCAUGGAGGGAUCUUGAAGCGGCGGCACUGGGCGGCAUUGGCUGGGGAACGCUGGGGCUGGCCUUUUAUGACACUCUCCGGCUCGAGGGCCGGCCAUCGGCGCCGGUCCGCCCUAAGGCAGAUGGGAAUCGUGUGCCUGGCUUGGUGUAUGGCGGCGCCACGGCAACGGGGACCAUGGCUUGUCGAUUGUUAAGUUUAUCCGGAUACAGCCCCAUUGCCACGGCCUCUCCGGCCUCUUCGCACUUGGUCCAAUCGUACGCAGCAACAUCGACUGUCCCCUAUACCGUUCCGGACUACGUGGCUAGAAUCAGGAAAGAGACCAACGCAUCGCUGCGCCACGCGCUAGAUUGUAUCACGUCACCAGAAUCCGCGGCAAUUUGCUGCGAGGCCAUGUGCCGGGCUGGUGGCAUAUAUGCAUCUCUGGAGUUCUGCCCAGAAGAAUGGCGCAAGCGGAAGGUCGUCCAGAUGGAGAUGGUGCUGGGCUAUGAGAUGUUGGGGAAGGAGGUCAUGCUGGACGGCGUGUAUCAUCGUCACGAAGACGUCCGGAAGUUAGAGUUAUCGACCGGUUGGUGUCGCGAAGUGCAAGUGCUGGUGGAUCAGGGCUUAAUCCGAUCGCAUCCGGUCCGGGAGGUGGAGGGGUCAUGGGAGGGGAUUGUGAAGGGAUUGCUGGUGUUGAGGAAAGGGGAGGUCCGGGGAGAGAAAUUGGUGGUCCGUUUGAGUGAUUAG